AUGCAAUUCGUUGAACGCGUUGGUCGAGUAUUUGUAUCGGUAUCCGAGUUUUACAGAGACAUUAACCCAUCAACACUUACUGGAGCAAUAGACGUGAUUGUUGUUGAAGACGCCUCUGGUCACUUCUCAUGUUCCCCAUUUCACGUGCGGUUUGGAAAGCUUCAGGUCCUUUUGCCCCAAGACAAAAUAGUCGAUGUUUCUGUUAAUGGCUCUCCCCCACUCAAAUCUAUAAGUAUGAAGGUUGGUGAGGCUGGGGAAUGUUUUUUCGUGGUUGAAAGUCUGGAUCCAGUUCCGGAAGAAUAUGCUACCAGUCCAUUGAUCCAUUCUCAAAAACCAUCACCUGAUCUUUUGUCCAAUUUGACAAACUUAUCUCUGGGCGAUAGGGCCGUCAUACCCUCGACAAUAACCUAUCCGCUCUCAGAUUCGGAAGUUGACUAUACAUCAUCGGUUGGCAUCACUCCAAGCUCUCGUGAAAAACAGGUUGAAAACAAAGAUACCAACGAGGAUCGUCAUAAUGACGAUCAAGAUGAUGAUCUCAUCAUAAUGCGGGGUCACUCGUUGAGCGAUUCUGAAAUUUAUGACUACAGUACCUCGAUAGCUGGACUUCGUUCUAAUGCCAAUCAAGAAAGACAGUCUUCUUCAUUUUGGUCUUGGGGAUGGGGAAAGCUUCCAAAGCAAAAGAAGCCAACUACAAUCAAUGAUGAUGGUGCUCAAGUACUUCCACCUACACCGGGAGAGAUGAAUUUUCUAUCUUCACCUUCAUCCUGCACAUCUACCUGUGCUUCAAACACGAAUUUAAUUUUAGGAUUAAACGAAUCUGGAACUUCUCCU